GUAACUAAUUCAUAACAAACUGCCAGACUAAACGAAAACUAUGAGAAAUCAUGCUAAUUAGAUUAUGAAUAAGCAAGGCGGAGUAAGUCGUUCUUAUAAAUAUUAGUAGAGCUGUGUGACCCUCCAGCUAUAGAACUGCUAAAACAAUAUGCCGUCUGAAAUCAGCUCUAAAGGUGCCAAGAAAGCAACCAAGGCCAAAUCCUCACGCUCCGGCGACAAGAAGACAAAAAGAAAGCGAAAAGAAAGUUAUUCCAUCUACAUUUAUAAAGUCAUGAAGCAAGUGCACCCUGACACGGGUAUCUCCAGUAAGGCGAUGUCCAUUAUGAACAGCUUCGUUAACGACUUGUUCGAGAGGAUCGCUGCCGAAUCCAGCCGCUUGGCUCACUACAACAAACGUUCGACCAUUAGUAGCCGUGAGGUGCAGACUGCUGUCCGUCUUCUUCUUCCAGGUGAACUGGCUAAACAUGCUGUAUCGGAAGGUACCAAGGCUGUUACCAAAUAUACCAGUAGCAAGUAACCAGAGAAGACCAAAACCUCUUUGCUGCUAAUUUUCGGCCGAGAAAUUAAGGAAAAAAAAAAAAUCCUUUCAGAAUCACCACCUAUUAUGUUUAUUAUUACAACACAAACGGUUACGGAAAUAUCCCUUUCACCUAUGUCAUUCAUAUAUCGUCCUCCUGUAUUUCAUUCAAGGCAAGUGUAAAUAUCCUUGCUUUGGCAACUAAGGACUCCCCUUUCUCAUAUUUUUCUUCCAAAUAUUUUCAAUUUUCCAGUAAUUUAAAACUGCCUGACUUUGUCUUUCAUUUUACUUAGAGAUUUUGUUUGAUUCUAAUUUUUUCUUCAUUCAUUGAAAAUUCGAUCCUGCAACCUCAUCUCUAUAUUUUCUGUAUUAAAGCUGAUAUUGAUUUGUCCCUA